GUAUUGGGGUAAAUACGUUCUUAACAUUUCCUGAUACUAAAGGCAGUGCACUGAGGAUUGAAAUGGAUCACAUUUAUGGAAAUAUUGAUUUGAAUCUCUCUGCAACUACUGGGAAGAAAAGAUUUCCCAGUUCUCCAGCUCAAGGUGUAUCUGAACACACUGGACACUCGGUUAGAGAGAGUAACACUCCACAUUCUAAAAAUACCCUGAAGUUUGUUCUGGUUGCUCUCGGCCUCCUCCUGCUCUGUGCUUUGGGGGGACUCUGUGUUCUGGGGGUCCUGUAUUUUAAUAAAGGAGUCUCUUAUGAAUCAUUAAGUGAUCAGUUUACCAGCGCUGUAGAAAGCCUGUCAGUUCAGCUACACAAUGCCACUGCUGCAGCUGAAGAGUUAAAAUCACAAUUGGAUCAGGUUCAAGUGAACUAUGAAAAUGUUUUAAGCCAUGUUGCUUCUUUAAAUGAAACAGAAAGACAGUAUGAGGUGCUGAAGGUCAAGUAUCGCACAGCCCAUGAGGUUUUCUCUGCCUGCAAAGAAUGUCAGAAGUGUGGACAGUGUGGAGAUGGCUGGAAGCCUUUUGGUGUAAAGUGUUACUACUUCUCCACUGACACACUGAACUGGAUGAACAGUAGCAAUCACUGUGUUGAGAAAGGAGGACAUCUGGUUAUAAUAACCAGUGAAGCUGAGCAGAUCUUUGUAAAUUCAAGCGGAGAAACUCACUGGAUCGGGCUGAAUGAUUUGGAGACGGAGGGAAAGUGGAUGUGGGUAAACAAGCAGCCCCUGACUGAGACAGGAGUAACAUUGUGGUUUACAAGAAAGGAAGGAUCAGAUGAGCCUGAUAACUGGAAACAAGAAGACCCUUCAGGAGAGAACUGUGCUUGUCUGGGGAAUGACUAUGGUGACACACAUUCAUGGUUUGAUUCUUCCUGCAGAAAACUGAAGAAAUUCAUCUGUGAAAAGUAAAAUACGUUAUCUUUAUUUUAUCACAGUACUUCCGCUUUUUAUCAGUGAUUAAAAUGUCUUUAAAUCAGCUUGUGUUCAGGAGAUGUGGUAAGUGCUCGGUUUUGAGCUGAUAUAGUUUGAAAGUGUUUCAUGUUUAAAUUGAAAUACCUUGCUAUAGACAGUAUUUUGUAAACAAAAUGUUUUUUUUUUAACAUAGUCACUGAAAGUGUAUUUGCAGAGUAAAAGACCUACAUUGUCUUGACCAACAUUUUCCAAUGUGUGAAUGUUAAGAAUAUAAUUACUGUCAGGGCCAGCCAGGCAAUGAGAGCGAAAUCCUGGGAUGGAUUUUUUACUUUUUGAAAUGGGGGGGGG